UUUGUUCGGUUCGUUGGCCCACGUUUGCGUAAAAGUAGCACAAAAAUUUACUUAAAAUAAAUAAACGACAAAAAUAUUGGAACGCCAGACGUUGCUGCUGCUGCUCAACUCAACUCAUUGCUGUAACAAUUUCGGUUUUUAGUUUGUUGUGUGCUGCGUACGAAGGCACAAUGUGGCCGAAACUCAAUUUAAGCUGCCUAUGUGCAUUAUUUGUGUGUUUGCUAAGUGUCAUACUGUUCACACAGACUGUGGCCGGCGCAUCUGGAGAUUCGGUGUGCAAAGAUCUAAACAAUUUCAAUUGCUAUGUGGGACGCAAUGAGGGCAACUACUGCAAUAGCAAGGAUCAAACGAAGGCAUUGACACGCUGGUAUUAUGACAAAGGCGUCUGCCGUCCCUUUGGCUAUCGUGGCUGCAAUGGCAAUCGCAAUCGCUUCUGCACGCAGGAGAGCUGCGAGGCACGCUGUGGCAAGCGCUGAGCUCAACAGUUGCACAUUCAAUUACGCACAUCCACUUAGUUGUUAAGUUUGUAUGCAUAGGCUAAGCAAUCAAGCGCAAAUAGUAGCAAAGCAAUAAAAAACAAGAGUACAAA